AUGGAGAUAUUCAAAAGACUGGGGAUAGAUCAGAGUCUGAGACAAAUUGGUGAGGCUUUUGACUCACAAUACGGUGGUCCUAACAAGUUGCCUACAGGUGUGCCGGAGAACUUCAGCCUCAAUGUCCUCUUUAGCACGGGACUAUCUGAUUCUGGGGAACUAAUCGCAAAAUGGAAUCUCCCGUCCGUAGCGGACUGGAGGCAGAAGAUCAAAGAGCAGAACGACGGGUCCAUGCCACGCGAACCUUAUCAGCGUUGCUCUCAAGCUAUUUUUGAGGCAUGGCUUCGGCCGCAUGUUGCGAAAGAUCCACGCGUAAUGUGCAAAUUCGGUCUGAAGUUCGAAGAGCUUGUCGAAUAUGAAGACCACAUUGUCAGCACGCUGGUAGAUCAAACCACUGGUGACAAGUACUCCGUCAAAUCACAAUAUGUUCUCGGCUGUGACGGGGCUGGCAGCAGAGUUCGCAAAAGCAUAGGCAUCGGGUUAACAGGAGGACCAACGCCAGGAGCUAUGUACCUGGUCCAUUUCAAAUCGCGAGAUUUAAGUCAGUUGCACCGCCAGGGGCAAUUCUGGCACAUGUUCUUUACUAAUGGACCCGUCAUCAUCUCCCAGGAUGAGAAGGACACUUGGACAGUUCACAAGCCGGUGCCCUUGGGAACUGAUCCUAAAGACCUAGAUCCAUUCAAAGAAAUUCCUGCCGCGUUGGGAACGUUGUUCAACCCACUUCCAGUUCAGAUCGACGAGAUUCUGGUCACCAGCCUCUGGAGACCUAACAUCUGUCUAGCAGAUCGCUAUAUUUCUGAGUCUGGUCGGGCUUUCCUGUGUGGAGAUGCUGCUCAUCAGAAUAUCCCGACUGGAGGCUAUGGAAUGAAUACUGCAGUGGGAGAUAGCUUCGACUUAGGAUGGAAAGUCGCGGCAGCUGUGAAUGGCUAUGGCGGUCAUCUCUUGUUGCAGUCAUACGAACUGGAACGAAGACCAGUAGCGAUGCGAAAUAUUGAGAGGUCUGGUGUACACUGGGGUGUUCACGCUGCGUACAUAGGCUGGUGGGCGGAUGCCAACAAAGCGGAUGCGGCACCAGGACGACGAGAAGAAAGCGAACUCAAAAGUCGGAUCGCCCAGCACGUGAAUGCUCACGACAACGAGAAUAAAGACCACGGAAUUGAGAUGGGUUACCGCUACAACAGCUCUCAGGUAAUCGUUUCGUCUUCUGAGGACGCUACGCAAGAGCCAGAAUGGUCGGAGCGCCACUAUAUCCCGUCAACUUGGCCUGGAGCAAGAGCGCCACAUGUCUUUCUCCAAGAUGGCGAGACGAGUAUCUUUGAUCUACUCGGAACAGGACCCGAGUUUACCCUUGUCGACUUCUCGUUGCAGGGAGACUUUGUCAAACAAUUCGAGCGAAGUUUCACCCAACGAGGGAUUCCUUUCAAGCCACUUCACCUGCCGAACGAACGGCAUGCACACAAGAUCUGGGAGCGAGAUGCUGUCCUUAUACGGCCGGACGAUCAUGUUGCAUGGAGAGCAGUUGCGGAACAGGGCCUAGACAUUGACGCAGACGAAAUUGUGUCGAUUGUUCUAGGACAAACAUCGCAAACCAGAGAAUUGGACAGAGACGCAAAGGCUACGGUAGCUGAAAAGUUCGUGUUCACAUCUACCGUUGGGAAUACAGAUCAGAACAGCAUCAGCAUGCUAGGAGAGUUUCAGCAGUAA